GUUCCGUGAUAAAGAGGCCAUAAUGAGUUCGUCAGCAGUGCGGUCAGCUGGCUUCACAGGGCGAGGGAGGCUCAGCCUGUUAGGGGGAAAUGUAUUAAUUUACUUUAUUAUCUGACACAUACAUAUAUAAAGAUUUAGUUCCUUUUGGAAGGCGGCGUUAACCGGUUUCUAGCUGUUAGUAGCUAGCAAUAAUCGGAACUCUCUUUAAAUGACGGUCUUUAACCAUUAAAUAAGUCAAACAGGAAACAAACCAACAUCAACACUGACUCUUAAAGCUUAAGGAUUUCCAGCCUGUCUGUUGGUCCCCUUGGAGAACCAGCUCCAGUGGGGUGAUUUCUUUGGAGGGGCAGCUGGACAGGUGGGAUUCAGGAUGCCUCUCUUCUUCAGGAAAAGGAAGCCCAGCGAGGACUCUCAGAAGAGGCUGGAGCAUCAGCUGUAUUGGUCCAACCAAGAAGGAGCGGAUGACAUCCUGGACAUCUCAGGGUGUGAACUAGCAGAGCUUCCAUCUAAGGUCUUUUCCAUCUGUAAGGUGCAACAGAAGAAGGUCCUGAUCCUUCACACCAAUGAACUGAAAUAUCUGCUGCCUAAAGGCUGUGACAUCAGCUCCCUGUCCACCUUAAAGGUUUUGGAUCUGCAUGAGAAUAAGCUCAGCUCUCUCCCAGAGGACCUUGGAAAUCUGACCAAGCUGCAGAUCCUGAAUGUGGAGAAGAACCAUCUGAAGGCUCUGCCUGAAUCCAUCAGGAGGCUGCAGCUCCUGCAGACGCUCAACCUGAAGGGAAACUGCCUGACCGAACUGCCGGCGGCCGUCGGCUCGCUGAGCAGCCUGCGCACCCUGGACAUCAGCGACAACAGCAUCCUGCAGCUUCCCAAACAUCUGGCCUACAUCCGCACCUUGGAGAGCUUCACUCUGGAUGCUGCCACGAUGACCUACCCGCCUGCAUCUGUCUGCUCAGAGGGAACGGAGAGCAUCCAGCGUUUCUUCUGCAAAGAGUUGGGAGAGGAAUACUGCGCUCCAUCUCAGUACCUCCUGCCAGUUCUGGAGAGCGACUGUGGCAAACCGAGCUCUGACUGUCUGGAUGGUCUGGAGGAGGCCUGGCAGAGUAAAUUCAGCGACUAUGAGAAGAGAAAGGAGCAAAAGCUGCAGGAGAAGCUAGCGUUUGAGCGCCACCUAGAGGAGAAACAACGAGAGCACACCCAGCUUCUCCUCAUGAACAAUUCCCACAAGGAAAACAUCCUGAAUUCAGUCCGUCUGGAUCAGGAGCGCGUGGAGCAGGGCUUCAGCCAGCAGCAGAGGGCUCAGGAGGCCGAGAGGGAGCUGGUGCUGGAGAAGGUCCGUCAGGCUGAGCACAACAUCAGCGGCCGAAUCAGCGGCUUGUUGAUGGACAACAGCAGGCAGAAAAAGAGCGCAGAGUUUCUUCAGACCAUGGAGGAGGAUCGGAUCCGAAUGGAGCAGCUGACGGCCAUCACUCAGGAGGAGGCCAGCUCACUGCGGGGGAGGGAUGUAGCAGCCGCCAUGCAGAAGAUGCUGUCGGACAGCUACGCCAUGAGCCUCCUACAGGAGGCCAGCGACAGCCGCAGGCAGAGUCUGGUCUCUGAGGCCUACAGGAGCAUGGAGACUUUGGACAAGAAGUUUGACAGGAUGCUGUCGCUCCAGGUUUUGGACAAAUCUAAAGCCAUCGCUCAGAUCUUACAGGAGGAGGAGAUGCAGAAAGCUGCGUUUCAGGCUCUGCAGCUGCAGAAAGAUGCCGUUCACGGUUACAUCCGCAAUCAGAUCAAGCUCAUUGAGGCCGAACUAAUGCAGCUGACUAAACUGGAGAUUAAAAGACGUAAUCUGGAUGCCGAGAACCUUCAGGAGGUUCUGGUGGAGCAGCGCUCAGCCCUCAGUGAUUUACUGCAGCAGCUGCUGAAGCAGAGAGACCAGAGGGAGCAGGAGCUGCACCAGGUUCUGGUGGAGAUGGAGAACAAGUCCGACUCCAACCAGCAGAACUACUGGAUGAUUCAGUACCAGCGGCUGUUGGAUGCUAAACCUUUGUCGCUUCGGAUGCAGGAAGCGGGUUUGGAAAAGGAGCUUGUGAACCUGCUGUGCAGACUGUCGGCUCAACACUACCUGCCCAUCAUGGCUCAUCAUCACAUCACCACUGAGGCGCUCCGCCACAUGACGGUUUCAGACCUGAAGAAGCUGGGAAUUAAUGAAGCUGGGAUCCAGAAAGCCCUGCUGAACUGGGCUCGGGAACACCAACCUGCAGGAGCUUGCAAAGCUGCCCAAAUAGAAGAGGUCGUUACCCCAACAGCUCCAACCCCGCCCCCAUCUCCACUUCUUCCCAGCACCUCGACCACCCAGACCCCCAGCCCACCGCGAUCCCCAGGGACUCCCGUCACGCCAUCGGCCCCCACACCUGUAGAGGGACCAGGAAGCUCAGAAUGUGUGGUCUGCAUGGAGACUGAGUCUCAGGUGAUCUUCCUGCCCUGUGGUCACGUCUGCUGCUGUCAGGUGUGCAGCGGCGCCCUGCAGAACUGCCCUCUGUGCCGCUGCAACAUUUCCCAGCGCAUACGGCUCUACCAUAACUAAAUCCUGGGCUGAACCGGGUCGCUACGCUGCUUCGUUUUCACCAACCACCUCUCUGUGUAUUUAUGCAUGAUCCUGGAGCUGGUGUGGGAAAACAUGGUCAAGUAAAGGUCCUAGUCACUAGUAUUCAUCCAAAAGAACCUUGAGACGCUCCGUGUUUUAGUCGCUGUGAAUUUUCUUUUUUUUUUGUUUAGAGCCGAGGAAAGGAAACGGUUCUCUGCCUCCCAGAUAAUUAGUGCCUUUUAUCAUGUAAAUCUCGUUGUUUUGGAACAUUUUUCUGGAUUUUAGCCAAAGUAGCAACAGAUGUUUCAUUCAGAGCCUCCAUGCUGUCCAUCGUGUCCUGCAUUAUUCUUAUUAUUCUUUUAAUGGCUCUGCCGUUACGUUCCAGGCUGCACGAAGGUCACAUGCUAACACCAAACUUUAGCUGCCUGAAUCCAGUUGAACCCACAUUUUAUCCCACUUUCAUCACUGUGGGUUUUUAAUGAGAAAAACCCUAAAUCUUGGAGUCAAAUAUCAGCAUAAAAAUGAUAAAAAGGGAGUUCCUGCAGUUUUAUAAGUUACUGUUUUAUUCUUUAGGUGUUUUAACCCAAGCAUAAAGAUGUAAUUAACCCUAAUUGGCAGCCUAGAGGUCAUUCAAUUAAAGCACUUUAAUAAAGAAAUAGAAAGUCUAGAAAAUAUUUAAAGCUUUCAGGCAGCAAUGAAACCAUGCUGUAAAACUGUUCCUCUGUUAAGUCAGUUUAACUUCUCAGCCACAGUUGUUAAAAAGUAAGUACACCCUAUUUGAAUUAGGUUUUAUUCAUCAGAACAGGAGGAAAAGUUCUAUAAAUGAGGUAAAAUCAUCAAACAUUUAAUAACUUACAGCAUUUCAUGUUUUACUGAACAGAAAACUAAAUGCUGAUGUUGAUUUUGCUUGUAUAAAAGCACUGAGGCAUCAUUUAUCAUCCAGGGUUUUUUUAUUUUGUCUUGAUGUGUAAAACAGGAUGUCUAUGUGAACCUCGUUCCUUCUGUUGCUCUCAACCAAGUGCUCUUAUCUUCACUGUUUUCCAGGAAAAAAUCUGCUCCAACUGUAUGUGGAUCAGGCUGAAUGUUUUAGCAUAUUUACACAUGACUGUAAAGAUGAUAUUUAAUGCUACCAGACAAUAAAAUACAACCUGUAAUCCUC